CAGUCUUCCCAGCUCCCUAACCCCCAAGGGUGCGAGAGGCCGGAGUCCUCGACCUGAAGAAGAACACUGAAGAAGAGGAGGAGGAGAGCCGGCCACUGAGGGGUCGGCCCAACGAGAUCCCAGGGGUGAACCAACCCUCCCCCGGCCUCCCCGGUAGGACCUACACGACGCUCAAGGUCCAACCAUGACAACCGCCAGUGUCAGAGGAAGCAAUUGGCGAAGCGCUGAGAAAGCGAUCCGUCCUUCAGGGAGCACGCACCCGACGCAUGCGCAACUCCCCCCAGCGAGCUGCGUCCUGGUGCUAGGCAACGAGAAGCGGCGGGGGGCGGAGCGGAGUUCGGUAGAAGAAGCUGCUUGCGAAAGUUGUUCCGGCUUACAGAUAAAGCAUUGCCCAGCAGGAGAAACUUCAAUAAAUGCUGGUGGAGUACUGAGCCCCAGAGUGGGCAACGCUGAAUUCGCGGAAGCAGGAAGUAUGGGCUGAGUGUCUCGUGGGAUACCGGGUAAAGAAAGACAGCCUGCCCUGCCUGCUGCGUACAAGGUCAAGAUCAAGGAGGACCUGUAUCUGGAUGAGACCUGAGAAUCUGCCCUUUCUACAAGUUAAGUUGUCAUGAAGUAAAAGGGGUAUAGAAGACUGAAGAUUGAGCAACCCAGGACUGUAAUCCCAGCACUCUGCAAGACUGAGGCAGGAGGAUUGCCAGUCCACCAUGAGGUCAGUGUCUCUGCCCUCCAUAUGUUCCCCAUCAUAAUGUCUUGCUUUACAAUGGGCUAAAGGAACAGGCCAAGCAACCAUGGACUGAAACCUCUGAAACUAUGAGCCAAGUCCCCAAGAUGGAAACUGAUUACUUGAAAAGGUGCUUUGGAAAUAGCCUGCCCCAGGCAUUGGCAGAGGUGGCAAAGGUUCAGCCCAGUGACCCAAUAGAGUACCUGGCUCACUGGCUUUAUCAUUACAAAAAAAUUGCUACAGCAAAAGAAAAGAAUAGGCAAGAGGAGAUCCAGCUACAGGAGGAAUAUGACUGUAGCCUCAAGGAAAAGGAAAUAAUGGAAAUGCUGAAACAGGAAGAGUAUCAGAUCCAACAGGAAUGUGAAAAGUGUCACAAGGAACAGAUUUCCACAAAGAAGGCCAUAUUCAUGCAGGAAGACACAGGAACUUUUGAGGAGGUCUUGAAGCAAGAAUCCUUGCCAGGUACAUCCGAUAUGACUCCAGCAGUGCCUCAGCAGAGUCCUCCUUCAGAGUCAGCUGACCAGACUGAGCAGAACUUUGACACUCCACAAGAAAUUAACUUUGAGAAGAUGCCUCCUCUUCAAGUUGCUCAUGAAAUGCUUCUUAGUUCCAAAUCCCCUCCUUAGAUUAUCAGAAUGGAGAGAAUUCUACUGACCUUUCUUUAACACUUCAAGCCAAGAAAAUGAGCAUGAAGAUAAUCUCUCACCUAAACUAAGAUUUGAGGGAUUGUGAAAGGAGGUGUCUGAAAGUUCUCUCCCACCUAAUGACUGAGCUGCUAGUCAUGAAACCCCUAAAUCAUGAGAAAAUUUAAACUAGUUAUAGGAUAAAAUCAACUCACAAUAAGGAUUAAAACAAGUAACAAAACUGAUGAGACUUUUUUCCUGUUUUAUUAUCAUACAUGAGCUCAUAUUUUCACCUUCUUUUUGUAAUAGGUUUCAUGGGGUAUUUGCACGUAUCCUGGAGACUUUCUGUGUCACUAAUAAUAGGUGAUUUUUUUCACUGUAUAUUACCACUAUUUUUUUCUUUUUAUUGUGAUAAAACACUGUGAUAAAAUGUACCCUCUCUACUAUUCUGGAGUAUACAGUACAGUGUAUUAAGUACAAUCAUAGAGUUGUCAACAGUCACCAACAAUCACUGCCAAAACUUUUCAUCUUACAAAACUAAAAUUUCAUACCCAUUAAGUAAUAAUUCACCAUUGUACUCUCUAGCUACACCCUAGAAACAGCCAUUCUGCUUUUCUCAUUCUAUAAUGCCAUUCUAAAUACCUCAUAAAAGUAGAAUCAUGCAGUAUUUGUCUUUCUGUGAUUUUUGUUG